AUGACUUAUUUCAUUUCCGUUCAGCGUUGACGAGAGACGCGUCGUCAUUGUGGUGAUUUAAAUUAAAUCAGCCUUUCUUGUAAUUCUUUCAAAAUGGUCUUGCCACGUGUCUUUAUGGACGUUACUGCCGAUGGUUCGGCGCUUGGAAGAAUUGUUAUUGAGCUGAGAACGGAUGUCACCCCCAAGACCUGUGAAAACUUCCGCGCGUUGUGUACUGGCGAGAAGGGCUUCGGUUACAAGGGCUCCACCUUCCACCGUGUGAUCCCCAACUUUAUGCUUCAAGGAGGUGACUUUACAAACCACAAUGGCACUGGUGGCAAAUCCAUUUAUGGCGAGAAGUUCGGCGACGAGAACUUCAGCCUGAAGCACACUGGCCCUGGUGUCCUCUCCAUGGCUAAUGCCGGCCCUAACACCAACGGCUCUCAAUUCUUUGUCACCACUGUGAAGACAUCUUGGCUGGAUGGAAGGCAUGUUGUCUUUGGCAACGUUGUUGAGGGCAUGGAUGUUGUCAAGCAAAUUGAAACCUUUGGUUCCCAGUCUGGCAAGCCAUCAAAGAAGAUCAUUAUCUCUGACUGUGGUCAACUUUGCUAAUCUAAUUUUGUAAUAAUUAUAAUGGUAUAAUGCAAUAUUUUUAAGUUUAAAAUAAUGUCCUCCGGCGUAAUCCCUUCCCAGUUAAAGAGCAUACAAUGUUUAAAAAGUUAACUAAUGGUCAUUCCAUUUGUCUUACAUUUAUAUAGCUAUGUUUUAGAUUGCAAAAUAGGAUUUGCAUUUAUUUCUCUGCAUUGUAUAUUCAUAAUAAAU